UUUUACGUUAUCAUUACUAUAAUUCACGUUGUCUCAUAAUAGAAAACCCUAAUUCGCCCGUGUUGCAAUGGCACCUCGUAAGGCAGCAGGAAAAAGGUGGGAAGAUCCUAGUCUUGCAGAGUGGCCAGAGAAUGAUUAUCGUCUAUUCUGUGGUGAUCUUGGUAAUGAGGUGAAUGAUGAUGUCCUAUCAAAAGCCUUUUCAAGAUUUCCAAGUUUUAAUAUGGCUAAGGUUGUGAGAGACAAACGGACUGGUAAGACUGAGGGAUAUGGAUUUGUGAGUUUUUCCAACCCAUUAGACCUUGCUAAGGCACUUAAAACAAUGAAUGGGAAGUAUGUUGGUAACCGGCCUAUUAAACUAUGCAAGAGUAAGUGGCAAAAGAGGAUUGACUAUGAAGCUCUUGAAAGUCACAAGAACCGAUCACAUAAGAAACCAAAGCUAGCAACGAAGAAUAUAUUUCACAAGUGAGUACCAACCAUGAUAAUGGUUCAAGCGGCGAGAUAUUUCAGUUUCAUGCUUUGAUUAAUGUAUAUGUUAUUUAACCUAAUGCAGGUGUGCUCACGAUGAUUAAGUUUUAAUCUUAGUUUGUGGUUCCUUUGAAUAAAAAGAAAAGUGUGUUUGAAUGUCAA